UUGAGAAGGUGUAUUCAUUUCUGAAAUCUCUUGGGAAAUUUUUGCUUCACUCCUUCCUCCCCCAAUCCUCUGCUGAACAAAUCGUAUCUCUGAUGGCGGCCAUUUCUUUAUCUUUUUCCACAUUAGGUCAAGCUUCGGAUAGAAAAAUGAUGGUUUCAGCGACUCGAUCAUUCGCUUCGUCUUUCUAUGGUUUCAGAUUUCGAACGAACUUUGCCUCUGAUCCGAACGUUUUUUGUACCAGGAAUUGCAGUCAUCGUAUGGCUAUUCAAUGCAUGUCAGCUGUAUCAGAUGCACCCACGGUAUCCGAGACAAAGAUGAAUUUUCUCAAGGCAUACAAACGGCCAAUCCCUAGUGUAUACAAUACAGUGCUGCAGGAACUGAUUGUCCAACAGCAUUUGAUGAGGUACAAGAGGACAUAUCGUUAUGAUCCUGUAUUUGCUCUUGGCUUUGUCACUGUCUAUGAUCAGCUGAUGGAAGGUUAUCCAAGUGACGAGGAUCGAGAAUCCAUUUUCAGAGCAUACAUCCAGGCACUGAAGGAGGAUCCUGAACAGUACAGAAAUGAUGCAAAAAAGUUGGAAGACUGGGCCCGUGCACAGAAUGCCAGUUCGUUGGUUGAGUUUCCAUCUAGAGAAGGAGAAGUUGAAGUGAUUCUAAAAGAUAUUUCGGAACGGGCUGGUGGCAAUGGGAGUUUCAGCUAUAGUCGUUUCUUUGCAGUUGGGUUGUUUCGUCUUUUGGAGUUGGCAAAUGCAACAGAGCCAACUAUCUUAGAAAAGCUCUGCACAGCCUUAAACAUAAACAAAAGAAGCGUUGAUCGGGACCUUGAUGUAUACCGCAACUUACUAUCCAAGUUAGUUCAAGCAAAGGAACUCCUGAAGGAGUACAUGGACAGAGAAAAGAAGAAAAGAGAAGAAAGGGCAGAAUUACCGAAGGCUAAUGAGGCCAUUGCAAAAUGUUUGCGAGAAUUCCAAUAUGCAGGCCAAUAAGUCAAUUCUAUGAGCUCUACCAUGUACUCCAAGAAUUUUCAACUCUGAUUUUCUUAUGUCUUUUGAGGCAGAGCACCUCCUCCCAGUUUCAGGCAUCAUUUAUCUAGAUAAAAGUUUGUAUUCCCAAUAUAUCAUUUACUGUAAUCCAGAAGUA